CUUUGCCUCAGUCGAUUGUGAGGAGCGCGCGCUCGCGCCUGUGCAGUGCCUGUUUUAUUUUUUUUACUUACUUUUUAAAAAGUGCCAGUGACUUUGGAUCAUGCGGCUCAUUUUUUGGGUCACAGCUUUGGCUGUGCUCAGCAUAUCAUGCGCCAAGAACACAACGGCGAAAACGAAACCGAAACGACAAUUAGAAAGUAUACGAACGCCAACAAACCUACAAUAUUCAUUAGUCCUGCCGCAUUCAAGAGUGACACAUUAUAGAUCUUUGACAUCUGGCGAACGCCGUAUUUCCAAUAUCUCCCCAAGAGCGGGGAAACUGCCUCCGUAUGCCGUCCAAAUGGAACCAGUCGUACAGUACUCUCAAAAAGACCCCUUGUACGACCCUUCCUUAGACAACCUGGAUGACGUCGUGGUUAACCAAAAUGAAAUCUAUGCCCAGCCUAAAAUCCUUAAUAUUCAAGAUCAGGCUUCGGAGGGUACUUACGGACCUCCCUAUGGGUCUUUGCCAACUGCUCCUCUCUAUGCCCACGAACAUCAUCCGCAUUACUACGAAGCUCCCGAACCUAUUAUUGAAAUCAUUAUUAAAGAAUCUAAUGAGACACUUCCAGCACCACCACCACAGCCUGUCCAAAAAAAGAAGAAGGAACCAGUGCAUGUUUUCUAUGUGAAAUAUAGCAAAGACCCUCAUAAUAAGGAUAAAGUGGUCUAUGAAAAACCAAUUCCGGCAAUCACUCCCCCAACAAAUUCCGAGGAAGAACACCAUGAGGACUACGUCACCGUCACACCAGAACCACUGUAUGGUCCGCAGCAGACAACUACUUUGAGGGCUAUAAUCAAGCCAGAGUCGGAAGUGUACCACAGCGACAGCAGUGUAAAGAUUACUUUUGGCAAUGAAGGUGGCCAUCAUUACAGCGACAGACGAGAAAGCACGUCGCACUCUGAAGACCGCGAAGAGACUGCCCCGAGACCUGCUAUUGCCUACCCACAACAACCUCCUAAUCAUCCACAAUUACAGCGAUCCGCUGCAAAACCUCAACAACAAGACGUUCUCUCUAGGCAACCUACUCAACAAACCCAUUCUGCUCCACAAAAUUACAGGCCUGCUCCACAACAUGCACAAAGCCGCAUUCAAUUCCAGCAACCUCAUUUGGUAAACGACCAACAGCUUCCAAGACAAGGUCCAUCUGUUGCUCCUUUCAGAGGCCAGCCGCACAUUCCUCGCCAGAAUCCAUUUGGACCCCACACCUCUCAGAACUCUCAUAACUUCGCUAAUGGUCCUCCUGGCCCAACUCAUUUUGGCAAUGCUCCUAACCUACCUGGACCCGUUGGCCCUUCACCUGGUCCUGCUUUUCCUACUGCUCUACCAAGACCAAAUAACCCACCCCAAUUCCAUCCACGUCCAAGCAGUCAACCUCAAUUUGCUCCUCGUCCACAGUUCAAUGGCCCUCCUCGCACUAGUUUCCAUUCUGGUCCUCAAAGACCUUUCCACCAACCUCAACCAUUCUUUGACGAAGCCAAAUAUUUGCAAGAAAAUUACCACACAAUAACAACUGACCAAGUUGACCCACCUAAAGAACAACUUGUGCCGACGAGACAACACCAGAGCUUUAAUCUUGGCAGACCUAGUCCAAGUUCCUCACCUCAGUUCCAAGAAAGUCGACCUCAACUCAUUCCUUUGAGUCAACAACUGCCCCAACAAAGACCACACCAACAUUUCACUGACUCUAUUCAAAACAAACCGUCCUUUGCAGGCCCUACUAGAACUCCAUUCUUCAAUCUUAAACCAUCUCCUCCGCAGAUCGAAGACAACCGUCCACCAUUCCAACCUUUGCACAACCAACCUCAACAGCAAUUCAGUUUCCACCAAGGUCCCCAACCAUUAUCCAGACCUUCUCAACAAACUCAUAGUUCAUUCCCUGGUCCCAUCGGUCCUUCGCCAUCACCGAUACCCCAAACUCAAUUCCUGCCCCAGCCAUCUUCACCAUCUCUUUUCAACUUCCAACCUCAACCAUCACCAACACCAGAGCUACAAUAUAAUUUCCAACAAAACCUGCCAUCUCAGGGCCCAUCUGAAAGACCAUUCUUACAAUCUCACGGACCCUCAGACAGACCACAAUUCCAACAAUCACAUGGCCCUUCGGAAAGACCACAGUUCCAACAGUCACAUGGACCCUCAGAAAGGCCGCAAUUCCAGCAAUCUCACGGUCCCUCAGAAAGACCACAGUUCCAACAAUCCCAUGGACCCUCGGAAAGGCCUCCUUCGAACUUCCAAGAUCAAUCCAACUUCCAUCAUCAACAAAAUGUUGGACAAUUCGUGCCUCAAGGUGGUGAACUAGUAGCAGCUAUACCUAAAUAUGAGCAGCAUAUUACAGUCAACGGACCCACAGCUUCACCAAGUUACAAUGGUUUUAGUGAACCUACACCAACUGCAAGCCACCCCGAACAACAGUACCACCAACAGCAGCAAAUUCCUCAACAAAAUCUUUAUGAUGCUGAACAGGAACAAGUACGGUUACAAUUAGCAGCGAAUGUUCAAAAACAACAAGAAGAAAUUCAAAGGCUUCAAAGUCAGCUUAUUUUAGCCCAACAACAGCAUCAACACCAACAUCAACAACAACAAAAGACGCAACAGCAAGUAAAACAAUUAGAGCAUACCAUUCAACAACAAUCGCGAAACAAUUACAACCAACAAGUGCAAGCUACCUCUCCUAGAACACAUUACUCUCAGACAAAAUCUCAACAGCAUUCCUACGUAUCAAGUACAGCCUCACCUCCGUAUUACCAAUCCACUUCUAGAACUGUAGAAAUCAGACCUACUACUCAAAAAUAUGUGUCAUCCACGGCAAACUCAAUAAAUACUACACCCGAGGCGAAGAAGGAAGAGAAAAAGAAAAAGCCUGCCGUUGAACUUCCCGACGAAGUUCCGGAUGACCUUCGCCAACAGCUGCUAUCUUCGGGUAUCUUAGAUAAUGCUGAUAUUAGCAUUUUAGAUUACGACAAAGUGGGAGAAACUCCUUUAGAUUCUUUACCCCCAGAUCAGUUGGCUAACUUCUUCAGCGCCGGAGGCGGUCAACAAAUUGCUUCUAGUGAAAAUAGACCAAUUAUUGUAACACGAAAUGGAGAUCGGGUUCAGUCUCGUAUUGAUGAAGAAGAAGACGACCAGGAACUUGCUGCCUCUGAAAAUGUAGCAACUUACGUCGCUCCACCCCCAACUGAAAAACAAGCUGUAGAAAUGAAGGUUGUGCACUUUGAUCCUAAGACCGAGGAAGGGCAAAAUAUCGCUAAGAAUUAUGUUAAAGAAGAUGCUACUCAAUUAGAACCUGUGACUCUUAACGACAAGAAAUACAAUAGAUAUUUGCCUUUGAAAGUAAGUGGCAACCAAUUUCCUUUGCCAGAUGUACUGAAAGGUAGAAAGGUAACGUCUGUCGUUGUUUUGGCCCCUGUAGAGACGGAAGCAUUAAACGGAGAUCAUAACAGAGCCGAAAGAGCAACAACAACUGGCUUAAAAGGAAUCAAAUUUAUUGCUGGAGACAGUUUACACGACGUGCUCAAGAAGCCAACAAAAGACAACUUUGAAAAAUGGUUAGACACUGAAAAGAAGACUGCUUCUGACUUGCAAUCUGUCGUCUUGCUCGUAACUGGAAAUGACAACGCAGAUGAGAGAGAAAUCUACAUGUACGACAUUGCAACAGGCAACGUGAACAAGCUUAGUGGCGAGCUGUCUAACGCCUUCGUAGAAGCAGCAGAAAACAACUCCCUGAGCAAAGACAUCGAAAAACUAGCCAUCGAGGGUGAAGGAACUCCGGAAAACUUCGAAAAAGACGAUGACAGGGAUGCGGAUGCUUCGGAAAACGUGCCAUUAUUAGUAGAUUUAUCAGGUCUAAGCUUAGACCAAGAAAAUAAUCAAGUGUCAAUAUCAUCGGGCUAUAGUAAAACGAAACUUGGCAGAUCAUUAAGAAGACAUUGACAUGCAAAGUGCCGAAAGGCAUUUGAUUUUUGUAAAUAGUUUAGCGUAGUAUUACUAAAUUAAAACGGCGUGAUGUUACGUAUUUAGUCGUUAAAUUACGAAAGUGAUAAUCCUGUUGUACAAUAUUAUUAAAGUACCUUUUUUAUA